AUGCGCUCUAGCAACAAGAGCUAUGUCAACAUCAACGAUUCGGGCAACGAGAGGAGAGAGGGUACGCCGUGGUAUUGGCGCCUUAUAGCCCUGGCUGCGUCGUGGAUGAUAUUGGGAGGCUACCUGAUACUGCCGGGCCUCUACGCAAACGAUCCCAGGCUUAGAUUCAGUGAAGCAGUCCUAUCUGUUUUUGUUGUCGCACUUCUCACUGCCGGCUACUCCUUCACAGCACUGCUCUGCUUCGCCUGUCGCAAUGAGCGCUUCCAAGCCGACGGUGUCUUCCUUCCCGCACUCACAUCCUCCGCCCUAGGUCUCAUCUCAAUAGCCUACAACUUCCUCUCCUCCCACAACUAUCACUGGGGCAAUGCCGCCAUAAGCGGCACCGUAAUCAGCGCCGCAGGAACCCUCCUCUACAGUUCCCUCCUCCUAUGGACUUACCGCCGGAUAGUCAAGUCCAAACGCCAAACAGAUACCCGCGCAAACCUUUGGUCCGAACAAUCCUACUACAACAACUUCAUCCCGAACAUGUACCCCACCGCAAUGCGCUCGCCCUCUAACCCACCACCCGCCGCCGUCUACUCCGAAGACGAUCGCGUAAACCAGCAAAUGGCCUUGCUCCUCGCAAAGGGCGACCCACGACCCAGUCCCGACGCGAACAGCACUUUCAGAAUAGACCUCCCUGAAGACAGGGAGCAGCAGGAAAGACACCUGCACAGUCAGGAGUUGGUGGGCACGCCUGCACAAACACAUGUCGAUUGGAACCGCGAUCGAUCGGACAGUAGACCGGAUAGUCUCAGUGAACAUCAGGCAUGGCAACAAUGGCAGGGCCGUGGAAGGACGGCGAACCGGCCGCCAAACGCGUACUAUUUGAGUUGCCCAAACGAGCGCGUAGUGGUUGGCUGA